GUUUCUCACGCGCUCGAGAGCUCUAGCAGUGAAGUGAAGUGAAGUCAAAUCCCUAAUAUUAUCUGCACGACGGAGAAGAAGUAGAAGUAGAAGAAAUCGUCUCCAUUAAUCUCGACAAUGUCGUCCCCAGAAAAGAAGAGGAAGUCGCCGACAAGGAAGACGAAGAAACGUUCGCUUACGCCGUCGCCGGAAUCGACCUCAAAUCCAUCACUUCCAGAUGAUUUGGUAGUGAACAUCUUAGCCCGCGUCUCGAGAUCGUAUCACCCAAAUCUCUCCUUAGUCUCCAAAAGCUUCCGAUCGAUCCUUGCUUCACCGGAGCUAUACCAAACCCGAACCCUCUUAGGCAAAACCGAGACUUUUCUCUAUGUGUGCUUACGCUUCCCUAAUGAAGCUAACCCUCGCUGGUUCACUCUUUACCGGAAACCUAAUCAAACCCUAACUAAGAAGAAGAAGAAGAAGAAGAAAGAGGAUUCAAUUGGCAAUCUUUUGGCUCCAAUUUCAAUUCUCAACCCUCCUCCUUUGGAAUGGUCAAGUCUCAUCGCUGUUGGUUCUUAUCUUUACGCCAUUACCGCAGCCAUGGACGAUUCUCCAUGCUCUAACGUUUGGUACCUUGACUGUCGAACUCACACUUGGCUUGAUUCUCCAAGAAUGCGAAUUGCUCACACUGAUACUCCAUAUGAUGGGAAUGUGUAUUUAGCAGAAAGCUCUGAAAGUCCAGAUUCUUUGAACUGUGUUGAAGUGUACAACACAGAGACUCAAGCUUGGAAUCCUGUGCCGCCCAAAAGACCGAUAUUCGAAUUAGAAAAUUUGGAAGGAACGAUUUACAUGAACCUUGAAGGAAUGUCUCCUUGGCAGGCUACGGCUUUUAAGCCAAAGGUUUCGACAAGUGAAUUGGUAGGAUUGCAUAUGAUUUUGGGUCGGGUUUCUUAUUGUACGAUAGAUAAAGUAGACUAUCAUUAUGCCCCUCAUUAUCCCCCUGGUGUAAAUCUUACAUGGAGAACAAAUAACACUUCCGGAAUUUUAGAAGGUUUAGAAGGGUUACCUCAGUUUGCUAAUUCUUGUACUGUUAUAUUAGCAGAUUAUGGUGGUAAGCUGGUAGUUUUGUGGGAUAAGUAUGAGCAGGGAUUUGGAUAUAAGAAGAAGAUGAUUUGGUGUGCAGAGAUUUCACUUGAAAAACGCAACACUGAAGAGAUUUGGGGGAAAGUCGAGUGGUUCGAUGCGGUUCUUACAGUCCCUAAGUCUUAUAAGUUUGUGUGUGCUAAAUCUGUUACUGUUUGACAGGUUUGUACGUAAUGAAUCUGGUUAUAUCACUUUCUUUCUUUCUAUAGUAUGUCACUUAUGAAGGAAUGUUUUGUGUUUUUAGCGUAAUGCUGCUACUGACAUGGUUUGGCUUCUUAUAUAUAUAUAUAUAUAUAUAUAUAUCAGCUGCACUCACUUGCUUUGUAGGAUGAUUUAAGCUUAUUUAGUGAGUUCUUUUAAUGCCUCGAUCUAGGAAGAAAACAGUGUUGAAAUUAGCAGCAAGAAUACACAAAGACCAAAACGGAAAAGCCGAAGAAAUUGACAUUGUUUUUAAGCGGACAUUGUUUUCACUCCUAAAACGUAUGUACUCACUUGUAGACUGAUUAAGCUUACUUUUUUCUAUGAAAACACUUUUGCUUGUGUUGCA